AGUGACCAUUUAAAGAAGCACAAGAUUUUCGAUUGCGCAAAAUGCUGUGAAGAAUUCGAUGGCGCUGAAGCCGCUUUGAAUCACGCCGAUGUAUGCCCUCGUGCUGGACAGCCGCCGGCCCGAGCGCCUCGUAGAGAUGGUAUCGACAAAACACGACUGAAUGCGAUCAAGACAAUAAUGAGUAACCGAGGAAAGAAAGAUCAAGAAAAAUGGAUGCAAAUCUUCAAUGUGUUAUUUCCAUCCACACCCCAACCACCGAGCCCUUAUUGUGAACCCAUCGCUGUUCCAUUAACCUCGCCCGCUGCGGAAUCCUUGAUACGGACCUGGGAGAUGUUGGUCCAGACCGAGUGUAGAGAUGGUAAAAUGUCCAUAGAGAAAGAGACAUUCGAUAAUUGUGUGCGCCUUCUCAGGCAUGCUUUACAGAUAGAAAGCACAAGAGCAGACCCGAGCAUUUUUACAGCAAUUCCCACACCAAGCUCUGGCAGUAUGGUUGCAAGCACCCCAUUGUUUGCAAAUGAAAGAUCUAGUCAAGCUGGCACGCCAUUCCUUUCCAACCGAAGCUUGUCGAGAGUAGGCUCAAGCACAAAAAACGUAAUGUCAAACACACCAACUUCAUCAUCCAACUUUUCCGGCCGACAGAAUGUUGGAGCACCCGAAACCCUAUCGAACCGUCUUCCGAGUUUUUCAUCUUCCCCAUGGUUACGCGACGAGAGAGAUGGCUACACAGAUGGUGCUUUUCGAUCGAAUUGGGGUGAGGGAGCCUUAUCAAACGAAGGUCUCCAGACGAGGUCCCAACCUCAAAAUGUAUACAAUCCGCCAAGUCAAGGUUCAUCAAUUCUGCCCGGAGAAUCCUCAGGUGGGUUUGAAAAUACGACUCUACAACUACGGAAUUACGAGGACUCUACUCCUAUUGAAGGCAACACUUACAUUCCAGAGCAAUCAGGCUGGCAAAACCUAUCCGCUCAGGGCCAACAGUUAGUAAUGACCUCAAUGCCUGCAAGAUCGACAGGAAACCAAAUUCAGGGGCAACCGGACAUGGUGCACCAGCUGGCAAGUUACCUAGCACAGGGACAAGAUCUGCUUCGAACUGUAAGACAAUCUAUUCCAAUCGAGAGCACAGGAGCCACUUCCAGCCAGGCUCCGUCACGGGAGACCAUUAUGGGACCGCCAGCUAUUCAUGAGAGGUCAUCAGCUGGGCAUAGCCUUUCAUCGAAUAGCCCUUCCCCAUGUAUCAGUGGUAGUAGACCAAUCUCUCCCAUACACGAAUUUGCGCUAUCUCAACAAGCGCAAACCCAACAGCAAACCCAUCCACAUCAGCCAAAUCCGGUCCAUUCAAGCCAUGUACACCGCCCGCCAGCCCUCCAACGAGAGCAUCAUCGCCUUGUUUCGUCGCAACCCAUUCUAUCAACACCCUAUCAUACCAUCGAGAGCGAUAUCUACGCAACAUCUGCAAAUCAAGGCUUCUCGAACAACAGCAACAACGGCUUGUGGCAAGAAAUGCCGCCACGGUACCCUCCAGGACAUCGAUUUGGUGUGCCGACUAGCAUGGCAACGGAUAUGAUGAGCAACAACGACGACCUUACCAGACUGCUGGACCCCAAUUACUCCAUUGAUGACAACCCCACCAGUAUGGCCUUUGGGUCAGCCCCCAACAACAACCAAAACAACAGUAACAAUAACGGAACGGAUCUAAGGUUCGGGAGGAGAAGCUAGAGAGAGGUGGGAUGUUUUGGAGAGAGCACUAAUGGCCCAGAAAGUCACUGUUGUGAGUAGGAGUGCAUUUUGAGAUCUGCCAAGGUCAGUAAUACUUAUGACUGUCAUAACCUCGCAGUGAGUAACCCACCGCACUUAAAGCGAUUAAGCCACAAGAAGGGGAAAGUGCGCUUGAAACUCC